CGUGACCAAUUGAAAUCGAGGCUUGUAUGUGCGUGCAAACAUGGAAGACGGCGAUAUUUCUGAUAGAUUUGAUGAUGAAAGCCAUUCUCAGGACAGAGGAGAUGAUUAUGGUGGUGGAUACAACGAAAGUUCAGGUUACAAUGAUUAUGAUGGAAAUAAGCAAGGUCGCUUCCCUGGGCCUCGCGGACCUGGACCAAGAGGUUACAACAUGCGCGGUCCACCAAGGCCUUUUGGAAGAGGACCCCCACCAAGGUUCAGAGGGCCUCCUGGUAUGAGAGGCCCACCGCCACCAGGUAUGAGGGGUCCUAUGAGAGGUCCGCCAGGUCCAAGAGGCCCUCCACCACCACACUUCGGUGGCAGGCCCCCAUUUGAUCCAAACUAUGGUCCUCCACCUGGUCAUCAUGGACCACCUAUGGGACCUCCAAUGGGUCCACCUCCACCAGGGAUGGGACCACCACCACCAGGAAUGGGGCCUCCAGGAAUGGGACCUCCUCCAGGAAUGAGACCUCCUGGGCCAGGACCAGCAAUGCCUCCAUCUGUCCCCCCUCCAAACUUCAGUGUACCUCCACCAGGGUUUAUGCCACCAUCAAUGGGAGGACCAGGCCAGAACCAGGCUGAUCCAGGACUUCAAGAGCUGUGGGUAGAAACUAAAACUGCAGAGGGCAAGGUUUACUUCUACAACGCUAAAUCAAGAGAAUCAGCUUGGACAAAACCAGAAAAUGUUAAGAUAAUCACUCAAGCUGAGGUUGAGCAGAUGGCAGCACAAAGUCAGCAAUCUGUAACUACAGCAACAGGACCAACAACUGCAGCACAAGCUGCCCAGGCACAAGCACAAGCAACUUCUCAGCCAGAAGUACAGCAACAACCACCAAUGGGAGGUAUGCCUCAACAAGGAGCCCCUGGGCAGGGUCCACCCCCAUUCAUGCCACAGGGUAACUAUCCUGGAAUGCCAGGGGGUUUCACACCAAGUAUGGUUCCACCAGGUAUGGCUGGUUUCCCUGGUCCAAUGCCAGGUGCUCAAGCCCAACAGGCUGCACCGCAAAUGCCAGCGCAAACUGGCCCAGAUACAUCAGUAGUGGCACAUAAAUUGCCCUCUAGUCAGCUUCCACCAAAGCCUGCUGAAGUUGCUGAAUGGACUGAACAUAAGAACACAGAUGGUAGGUCAUACUACUAUAAUUCCAAGACAAUGGAAUCUACAUGGGACAAACCUCAGGAGUUGGUAGACUGGGAAGCCAAAAUAUCUGCCCUGCAAACACCUGCAGUACAGGAGCCAGAGCCUAGUAAAGUUAAUGGUCAGGCUGCCAUGGAAACUGGUGGUGAUGACCAUUCUAGUUCUGGUAGUGACGAAGAGGAAGAAAAACAGGAAGAAGAGAAAGAUGAGAAGACUGAGCAGGAAAAACAGCAGGAGAAAUCUCGUCCUGUAUCUAGUACACCUGUGUCAGGUACUCCAUGGUGUGUCGUAUGGACUGGUGACGGCCGUGUCUUCUUUUAUAACCCCAGUACAAGAACAUCACUCUGGGAGAAGCCAGAGGAGCUUCUUGGUCGGGCCGAUGUUGAUAAACUAACUGUUGGUCCUCCUGGUGAAAAAACUGCAGCCCCUAAAGAGGAAGAGGCUGAGGAACCUGUUGCUAAAAAGAAGAAGCCUAAUGAAGAGAAGAGUGAGGAAGAAAAGAAGCCUAUAGACAAUAGUAAAGAGGCUGCAAUCGAGGCCGAGGUACAGGCCGCUAGACAGAGGGCUGUUGUCCCACUUGACAUACGUAUGAAACAGUUCAGAGAUAUGUUGGCAGAGAAGGAUGUCUCUGCAUUCUCCACUUGGGAGAAAGAGUUACACAAGAUUGUGUUUGACCCACGCUAUCUUUUACUGACAUCGAAGGAAAGGAAACAGGUAUUUGAGCAGUAUGUGAAGGAGAGAGCGGAGGAAGAGAGGAGGGAGAAACAUCGCAGACUGAGGGAGAAGAAGGAUGCUUUCAGACAGCUGCUGGACGAGGCUAAACUACACGGAAAGUCAUCAUUCAGUGAUUUUGCGAGCAAGUACGGUAAAGAGGAGCGUUUCAAGGCCAUUGAGAAGAUGAGAGAGCGCGAGGCGAUCUUCAGCGACUUUGUGUCCGAUCUGAGGAGGAAGGAAAAGGAGGAGAAAUCUCACCAGAAAGAAAAGGUAUUGAAAGUCGACUUUAUAAGCUAACUGAAAGUACCUUACAUAGAAUCGGGCACUUCGCUGUACGACAUUAAACGAUUAAUUAAAUUAGAUCGAUCUCGUUUAAAGCUAGUUCGCAGUGGCUCCAGGCGAGAAGACUGGUUUAAAGACUAUGUGAAAAAUCUCGAUGAUAAGGAGUCCGAUGAUGAGGAUCGUAAAACAAGAGAGAAACAGGAACGUAUCGAGGCUAGUAUACGUAAACGCGAGGAGGAGGUACAACGAACACUGUCAUCCUCUCUCAGAGAACGAGAAAAGGAAAGGGAACAACACAAGAAGGAUGAGGCCAUUCAACUCUUUAAUGCUCUGUUGGUUGACUUGGUACGUAACUCUGAGGCUACAUGGAGGGAUACAAGGAAACAAUUACGCAAGGAUCACAGGUGGGAUCUGGCCGUUCUAGAACGCGAGGAGAAGGAAAAACUGUUUGAGGAACACAUCAGUGCACUGUCGAAGAAGAACAGAGAGAUGUUCCAUAAACUACUUGAUGAAACAACUGACAUAACAUUGUCAUCUUCAUGGAAAGACAUCAAGAAAGUGAUCAAAGAGGAUCCCAGAUAUUCAAAAUUCUCAUCUAGUGACAGAAGACGUGAGAAGGAAUUUGAUGAUUAUCUACGCGAGAAGUAUGUAAAUGCUAAAGCUGAAUUCCGAGAGCUUCUAAAAGAAACGAAACUCAUCACAUACAACUCUAGGGCAAAGUUACACGAGUCAGAUGGUCAUAUGAAUGACAUUAUUAAAAUAUUAGAGAAUGACAAGAGGUAUCUUACCUUGGAGCCUGUGGCUGACGAACGUCGUAAGAUUCUUGUCAGUUACAUCGAGGACCUUGACAAGAAAGGAGUUCCCCCACCACCCACCGCCUCGGAACCUUCCCGGAGAAAUGUGAAAUGAGAACUGACUUAAAAUAAAUGCGAGAUAUAUGACAUUAAUGUCUGUAUUAUUUAUUUGGUGCGAAAGAGUUUGUGAAAUCCAUACUUGAUUCAGUGUCAACAUUUAAGGAAGCUGUGAAAUAACUUUAUAUUAUAAAAAUGGGAUUUUAGUUUUAGUAGUUGUUUUUUUUAUAUAAGUAAAAAGGCAUUUGAGGAUUUUGUACAUUAUGAUUAUAUGUUUACGAGGAAAUUGUUUUAUCGUGGACUAACAUGUAAGAUUUGUUUCUAUUUAGACCAUACCAUGUACUGUAGUUAUCGCAAGAAAUUUAGGUAUCAUAAUUAUUAUCAUUACACAGACUCUUCUCAUAUGAUGAAAAGGAAUUUGCUACUAAAUUAUAAAUAUGCAGGAUAUGUAUUUGUGUCCAUUUGUUGUAAAUAUCAAGUGUUAAAUAUGGACGUUAAGUUCUACUCUUGUUAGGCAGGAGAUGUGGUUUCGUUUAGGCAAAAGAGGGGUGUAUGGAGAUUGGAUGACUUACAUAUGUUGUACGAUUAUGUCUUCAGAUUUUAUGUUUUAUUGCUUUGCCAUUUAUUUUAUGAUAAAUGGGGUAUUCAACUACAAAUAAAUGACCAAAUAUAA